AUGGACGGUCAUUGCAAAUGUGUUCUUCGAGGCCCCAAUGGAUUACGGAGGACUGUGGAAUUGGAAGAGAGAAAGAAGGGCUUAUUCUUCGAUGAUGGUUGGCAAUAUUUUGUGAAGGAUCAUCAUUUAGAAAAAGGGGAUUUUUUGGUUUUCAAAUAUGAUGGCAAAUCGAAGUUUAAAGUCGCAAUCUAUGAUACAACUGCCUGUGAGAAGGAUGUAGAGAUAGCUGACAGCUGGAGGAUUGGCGGUUCUAUUCCUUUGUUUAACAACGGACAGGCUCGAGUAAAAGAAGAAAUUAAUGAACUUCAAACUGACAACUACAACGAAAAUUGUGAAAACAAAGUGUUCAAUUCUGGAAGAAGGAAUUGCAAUCAUGUUAUAUCGGGGAAGAGACCUGCACACGAUGACAGAGAAGCAACAUCAAAUGAAUCCGUCGUGUUCAAAUCAAAGAACUUGUGUUUUAAAGCAAUCUUUAACAAUCCAAGGCAAUACCGUGCGACAAUUCCGAAGAAACUAGCCAUAGCUGAAGAUCUUUUAAAUAAGAGAGUAUAA